AUGGCUUGCUUAUUCGGUGGAUCCCCGACCGCGUCUGGCGAUGACGUUCCGGAGGCAGUUUUGAAGCUUCCAAAUGGCAAAGAGCAUCGCAUCAAGGUUCUGAAGCCUACGCUGGGCGAAGAGCUGUUCCUAGACAUUCGGGACCUCCACCGGUCAACAGGCUACUUCGUGUACGAUCCUGGUUUUACAUGCACGGGGUCGUGCAUGUCGGCCAUAACUUUCAUCGACGGUCCUAAGGGAGUUUGCCUUUACCGCGGCUAUCCAGUGCCGGACCUCGUCGACUCUGCCCAGGCAUUGGAGGUUGCUUACCUGCUCCUCGUCGGCGAGAAGCCCGAUGCAGAGCAGUACCUGCAGUUUCAGAAGGAGAUCAAGCAGCACAUGCUGGUGCACGAAAAGGUGAAAGCAAUGUUUACAAACUUCACCAUCAAUGCACAUCCAAUGGCCAUCAUGGUUGCCGUCAUCGGUGCGUUGAGCUCUGUCUUCAGCGAGCUCGACCCAUCCAACGAGAUACACCGCUGGUUGGCCAGUACACGCCUCAUUGCCAAGGUGCCUGUUUUGGCGUGCAUGGCCUACAAGACUUCCAUUGGUCAGCCCUUUAUGUACCCGAGGGCCGACUUGUCCUUUGCAGAGAACUUCCUGUACAUGAUGUUUGCCACACCUAUGGAGGAGUACAGGGUGAACCCGGUAUCUGCAAAGGCAAUCAAUGCCUUCAUGAUCCUGCACAUGGACCAUGAACAGAAUGCCUCCACUUCCACGGUACGCAUUGCAGGGAGUUCACAGGCCAAUCCUUAUGCCUGCAUCGCUGCAGGCGUAGCUUCCCUCUGGGGCCCAGCCCAUGGUGGCGCCAACGAGGCAGUCAUCAACAUGCUGGAGCAGAUAGGAAGCAAAGACAACGUAGCUCAAUUCGUGGCUGAUGUGAAGGCCAAGAAGGAAGGUGUGCGGCUGAUGGGUUUCGGCCAUCGGGUCUACAAAAACUAUGACCCCAGAGCACGCGUAAUGAAGACGUUGGUCGCCGAGGUGCUCAAAGAGCUUGGCGUGGAGGAUCCGCUUUUGGGAAUCGCCCAGGAGCUGGAAAAGGUGGCCCUGAGUGAUAGCUACUUCAUAGAUCGGAAGCUCUACCCCAAUGUGGACUACUACUCAGGGAUUAUGCUGCGAGCAAUUGGCAUCCCGACCAGCAUGUUCACGGUGAUGUUUGCCAUGUCCAGGACGGUCGGAUGGGUUUCGCAGUGGAACGAGAUGGUUUCGGAGAAGCAGAUGCGCAUUGGCCGUCCAAGGCAGCUCUACGUGGGGUCGGGUGAGCGGAAAGAGCCUUGGAAGGCGGCGCAGGAUCUUGACUCCUCCACGGCAAAGGAAGUGAUCAUCGACAGUUCCUCGCAAGGUCCCAUCCGCUUCAAGCCUCGGAAGUCUUCCUCAUUCAGGAUGGAGCUGCCCGACCAUUUGGCAGUGGUUUUCCUUCCAGACUGCACCCGAUCCGCAGAUGCAACUGGUGCAUGCGCAUCUGCCCGUGUAGACAGGAAGACUGUUGAGGCUGUCAAGCCAGAAGGCGGUUUUCACGGCAUGCCUGCCUCACCCGAACCGACAACGGCUUGCGGUGAUCCCAGCAGUGAGGACGAGGCUCUUGCAGAGGCGUUCUGGAACAGUUGCAAGCAAGUGGCGUCAUCAGCUGGACCGGUACCUGCUGCGACGAGUCUGUCGAGCCGGACGGCCAGGGCCAGGGUUCCACGGCGAGCAGCCCCGGCGGGACUGUCCAUGGCACCCAGGUCUCGUGGUCUGCACUUCAGUUCUUAG